AGCUACGCAGAGUUUUAUUCUGUGUAAUCAAGCAUCUCCCUUUUCAACCUUGCUGUGACAGGAUACACGCACAGCAGCAUCAGUGGCCUUGAGUUCAAGUAUUAGGUUACAUCAGUCUGAUCCAUCUAGGUAAGGUUACACCAUACCAGGAGUGUGAUGCUCAAAUACACUGCAGCUCAACAAUUGGCCUCCUGGAUUUGAACCAGAGCUGAAGGCAAAGAAACAUUUCCACGAAGAAAAAAAAAAAAAGCCUGGCUUGGAUCCAUUUCAUCCACAAGGCCUGGACCGGAAAGUCUGAUCGAUCCUGCUAUUGCAGGCUGCCACAGGUGGCUGCACAGCUAUUAGCUGCUCAAUAAUGCAUUGAAUCAAACUGAGGAAUGAAAAGGAGGAGAAAGUACCUCUGAUCCUUUGAAAAAGGUGAAUGACUGUGGAGAGAAAGCGAGUGAUUACUUCUGGGUAACGGGAUAUUGAGGACAAGUGGAACAAUGAGCAGAUGUUGAAGAGGAAAAGAAAAAGAGAAGAAAAUGGCUGCUGACAAAGUGGCAUUGGGACAGAGACCGUAGGAAGCUUGUCCAAGCCAGACAGGAAGGGGACAAGUAAAACAAAGGAGUCGACUUUGAAGACCACAAAGAAGGAUAAACAAAAUAAGAGGCAACUGUAGUAGAAAAAGAGGACCCUAUAAUCCCCUAUAAACUGGACUAAAAAGUGUUGUCAUCAUGGCGAACACUGGCAUGCAGCUGAUCAGCUUCACCUGCGCAGUGACUGGCUGGAUCAUGGCGAUCGCUGUCACGGCCUUGCCUCAGUGGAAGGUCUCGGCCUUCAUCGGCAGCAACAUCCUGACCUCAGAGAUCAAGUGGGAAGGCAUCUGGAUGAACUGCAUCUACCAGACCACUGGCCACAUGCAGUGUAAGACAUACGACUCCCUGCUGGCAUUGCCUCCAGACAUCCAGGCAGCCCGCGCCCUCAUGUGUCUGGCCAUCUUCAUGGGCUGGCUCUCCUGCACAGUGUCCUGCUGUGGCAUGAAGUGCACCACCUGCGCCGGGGACGACCGCCGGGCCAAGGCGGGCAUCGCGCUCUCAGGCGGAGUUCUCUUCAUUCUGACCGGCCUGUGCGUACUGAUUCCCAUUUCCUGGACUGCUAACACCGUCAUCCAGGAUUUCUAUAACCCCAAUGUGCCACUGAUGCACAAACGAGAGCUGGGUCAGGCUAUUUAUCUGGGCUGGGCGUCUGCGGUCAUUCUCAUGAUCAGUGGAGCUGUGUUGAGCAGCACCUGUCCCCUCAUGGAGAGGAGCGGCAGGUACCGCAGGGGCUAUAUAGGCCGGAGCUUUGCUAAUUCACCCGCUUCAGCACCAGAUCCCCCAAAACCUAUCACAUGUAAUAGUGUACCAUUAAAGGAGUAUGUAUAGGAAGGGGAGGAAGGAACAGCAGCAGGUGGAGAGGGAGGAAGUUUAAAAGUGAAUGCUGUUGAAAACUCUGGGUUCUUUCCUAAAUUUGCUGUCUCAAGUUUUAAGUCUUUAAUUGUAAACAAUAAAUUUAAGUAUAUCAGCAUAGUUUAUAUAUUUAUUUAGUAAUAUAUUCAACCUAUAUUUUAUAUAUCUCUUUGUAAUGUGAAAUGUGUCUUCAGUACUUUCACGUUUGUUUGAAGUUUGACUUUUACUGCAUUGUGAUUUAUAGUAGUCUGAAGAAAGCCCAUUGCCUAUAUUGUCAAAUCGAAAAGUAUGACUGUUAUGAUGGCUUUAAUGGUGGCUUGUGUUGUGCAGAUUGCAGUGAUUUCUAUAGCAGUUUUUCUGUGACAUUGCCUCUCGAUUUGUCACACGAAGCCUUGACUGAGUGUGC